AUGGUGAACCAAAUCCUCCUCAUUCAUGUAGCUUUUGCAUUGUUUCUAGGGCUUACUAGCACAUGUCACGCAACCACAUACACCGUGGGCGACAACUCUGGAUGGGACAUUAGCACCGAUCUCGACACGUGGUCUGAGGGCAAACAAUUUGUUGUCGGUGAUUACUUAAAUUUUCAAUAUUCAUCCACCCACAGUGUUUGUGAAGUAGACAAAGACAGUUAUGAUGGGUGCAACACGACAGAUAUAUUACAAUCGAAUAGUGAUGGGAACACAACAAUUCCACUGUCUGAACCGGGUGACCGCUACUUCGUGUGCGGUAACCGCCUCCAUUGCUUUGGAGGCAUGAAGGUUCAAGUUCAUAUUGAGGCCAACAACACUCAGUCUUCCAUAUCGCCAACUAGCUCUCCAACAGGGCCAACAUCCCCAUCUUCCAAGAGUAACAAUCCACCAUUUGUGGUCUCUAACUCGGCCACGAUCACUGUUUCAGGCUUGUUGGUAACUAGAGGGAUGGGCCAUCUAGUGGUGGGACUAGUGAGUUUCUUGACUUCUUUCCUUUACAAUGGUUGA